AUGGACUGCGAUAUCUGCCAUCGUAUUCACGACCCAGAGCGUCUUCCGUUUCUGUGCACCGUGGACGCCAGAAACUCGCUUCUCGAUGGUCGCAUAAGCAAUGUGGAACUUCUCCUGCAAAACGAGAGUCUCCAAAAUGAAUUAAACGAACUAUUAGAUGAGACGAGCGCCCCAAACAAGUUUCACAGAGAAUCACUACAGGCACAACAGCGAACAGCUGAAGACAGGACGACCCAGAUUUUGGCCGCUGCCGAUAAGCUCAGAAAUGACAUCAAAGCUGCCAGGGAGGAGAUCCAGGCCCGGAAAGCUGCGCUCUCUCGUCGCAAGUCGGAUAUUGCAGCUGUGUCUGGUGGUCUGGUUGAGCGCAGAGUGAAACAGCAAAAAGAUAUAGAAACGGACAUUGGCAGACUUAGGUAUAAGUGGUCUCGCAGCGCUGGCGACAUGGCUCGUACACGAUCUUUUCUUUGUAUGGAGGCAGCCCGGCUAUAUGGACUUGAACGUGUCAAAGAAGGCUCUACUGGUAAAUAUGAGUAUUACCUUGGCGGGAUUCCCGUUGUUGAUUUGGCCACAAUGAACUCAUCAACACCAGAGAUGAUCUCAACAUCUCUCAGCCACAUUUGUCAUAUCCUGAUGCUCGUAUCACACUAUCUUUCAAUUCGUCUUCCUGCGGCAAUUACUCUUCCUCACCGCGACUACCCACGACCAACCAUCUUCAAUCUCUCUGCUUCUUACGGAUCUGAGGAUCCAGUAUAUCCUAGUCAGACAGGAGCAGGGAAUCCUUCUCAGUCCGGAGACACAGAGUCCCAGCGUGUUUCACGUCCAAGACCUCUUUUCAUUGACAAGCCACCAGCGCUGUUGGCCAAGGAAGAUCCAGCAACCUUUUCAUAUUUCAUAGAAGGUGUGACUCUGCUCGCCUACAACAUCGCCUGGGCUUGCAGUACGCAAGGUGUUUCUAUAGGUGAUAGGACUCACUUUGAAGACAUUUGCAAUAUGGGGCGCAAUUUACACGAGCUCCUCACAAAUCACCAAAAUGUUGGUGCAAAUAUCUAUCCUUCAUCAUCUAGCAAGAAGGAUCCCAGCGCAUCCAAGAAUGAAACCGAUGCCCAUGCCAGCCGCAUGGGACAAUAUUCCCACGGCACAACUUUCUACUACCUGGGCGGAGCUGAAGCUACCGAGUUCAGUAAGACAUUCAAGCUUCCCGGUCCGAUGAAAUUGGCCGACAAGCUGAGGAAGAAGCUGCUCAGUGAGGCGCCUGCCCCUGACUGGGAAGUUCUAAAUGAUGAUGCAUGGAAAAUUGAAGAAGAGGUUGUUGAUACGAAUCAACCCAACAAAGACUUGCGAGGUAGCAAUAAGAAUUCCCCCGUUCGGGGAACGAGUGGGUGGAUGAAGAACAAUACUAAAGCUCUAAGACAUAAAGAUGGCAAAAGAUAUGGUUCCGCCCGGGAUCGAACCGGGGACCUUCUCGGUGUUAACGAGAUGCCAUAA